CUGCGACUCCCGGGCGGCCGUUGAGCAGACCGAGCGAGGGGUGCUUUAUUGCACAAAGCGCUGCCGCAGCAGCAGCAGCGCAGAUAGCGCUCGCACAAUCGCACGGACGAGGCGCUAUGUGCCUAUUUGCGGUGGCGCAGUCAACCGCGUUUCGCGGGUUAUACCCAUCAUGCGUUCGCUGGCCAUGGGACCUACGGGCGAGUGAGGAGGCGUGUCGCCUCGUGUACCAACGGUGGUGAGGUGUUCCCUUUGCCCCCGAUCCUCCUCUAUCAACGCUAACCUCCUCUCCCCGACGCCAGCACACCUAGCUGUUACGUACUCCUCCGAGCACGAGAUAGGAACCGCCGCAUCCAAGGGGCUAGUUGCGCUACCGGUGAAAGCAGUUAGCGUCUCUGACGUGCUUUCGCGCAAACCUGAGUUUUCCCGCUUAACCGAUUCGCCAGUUUCGAGAGAAUCUCGUCGCUUUCUCGAGGCCAUCGUAUCGUUGCUUCUUCGGCAAUAAGUCCUGAAAUAGCCACAGACCUGCGUUUUGUGGAUAGCCAUACCCGUCGGGCUCGAAAAUGAGCCCACCACGGCUAAUAUCAUCGCACAAAGUUGCGUCUUCUCGCCUUGUCGACAGCGCCUUUCGCCUUCUACUGGUGUCCGCACUCGUCCUCUGCGGGUCCCACGCGGCCUCUGUGGCGAGCCCGGGUCGACCCCGCGUGGUCCUCAUCCUGGUGGAUGGCGUGCGUUGGGACUACCUGUCCGAAUCGGACCUGCCGGGCUUCGGCGAACUCGCCAAGACGGGAGUGAAGGCCGAGUACGUGGUGCCCAUCAUGCCGGCCAACUCGUACCCCAAUUGGUACAGCAUCGUCACGGGUCUGUACGGGGAGCGGCACGGUUUCGUGCAGAAUUACAUGUACGACGAUCAGUACGACGACUUCUUCAUGAUGGCGCCCCACCCGAAUGCGUCGCACCCGCACUGGUGGAACCACGCUGAACCAGUCUGGGUGACGGCCGAGAAAAAUGGACUCCGCACGGGCAUGUACUGGUGGGACGGCUGCCAGGUGGAAAUACGAGGCUCCAGGCCGUCCACAUGCAUUCCAUACAGGGGUUACUGGCAGUGGCCUACGGUUGAAAACGAUACUAAAAGCGCACUAUCUGGAAUAGUGGAGAAAUUCAAACAGAAUACGCUCGACUUUGCACUUGUUUACUACGAAGCCGUCGAUGCAGUAGGACAUGCCAGUGGUCCUGAUUCUAUGGAGCGAAGAGAAGCACUCAAGAGUGCCGACAACGUCAUAAAACACCUGCUUGACGAAGCCAAAAGGCAAAACAUACGUGAUCAGCUCAGUCUCAUCGUGGUGUCUGACCACGGCAUGACCGACACCAGACCGGAGAAGUUUCACCUGAUCGACAUUGAGCCGCACAUCGAUGCCAAUGAUCUCCAUUCCAUGCUCGAUGGUGGGUCGUUCGUUAUGCUUCGGCCAUACCCGGACAAGAUUGAUAAGGUUUAUUCCAAGCUGAAAAGCUUGAACAUAAAGGGCCUGAACGUUUUUAGGAAGGAGGAGUUGCCUGAUUUGUACCACCUGAAAGAGACUCACUUGACGCAACCCAUUGUGCUCACCGCAGAUCCUGGAUACCAGAUCAAGAAGCUUCAAGGGACGGACAAGCAGGUGCCACAAUCAAAUAAGAUAUACAAUGGAAACCAUGGCUACGACCCUAUGAAGCUGGAGGACAUGCGUGCCAUCUUUUUAGCCACUGGCCCAGGACUGAAACAGGGCUUCCAGAACGGACCGGUGCGCAUGGUAGACCACUACAACGUCAUCUGCCGGCAGCUGGGCAUCAAGCCACUCGAAAAUAGCGGCAGCCAAGAUAACGUGCAGGGAAUGUUUGUCGGUGGAGCCAGCGGAAGCAGCACGGCCGUUUCACUCUCUCUCCUGGUUGUGCCCAACAUCUUACUGGCGGCGCGCAGUUACCUGUACCACUAGACAGUUAUAUUACACCGGGCCUAGCGGGAUAGCGGUAUCGUAUAGUACGCAUACGCAGAUAUGUACGUUAUUCAUACCGCUUGCCGUACGCGCGCUACCUUUAAGAUAUACCGUUACCAUGUUAGCGUGGUGUACGUAGUGUACGCAAACAUGGCGGCGCUUGCGGACGCCCGUUUCGAAGUGAUUUUGGUGUAUAGUUGUCGAAAAAUGCACUUCGUAGCGAACGACUGUUUAAAUUGGUUUCGCUUGGCUUCAGUUAGCUUCGAUGACAGGGCAUCACGGAUAAGCUAGCGUGAUUUUUGACAUACUUUCCCAUUCAUCUCGAACGUCUCUAGGCCUAACUAGAUCGUUGUAAGCAAAUCGGCAACAUAAAUGCUUUCGCGUUUGGUGCGUGGUUCAAAUUCGUUUACUUCUAUUACUUCUAAAAUGAAUUUGUAACAAUUCUUCGUGCGGUGACACAGGCAAAACAUUCUCAUUUGCUUUUACUUUUAAGUGUUUUUUUUUAACUUAUCGACUCUCCGAUAGGUGCUGUUACCAUCCUAUCUUAUAGACACUUAAACCACGUAAACGCUAUCCCGCUAAGUUAUAAGACACUG